UUGUGCAUGCUUUCGGUACACGUUUCACACAUGCGAGUGUGGCAUUUUUGGUAAACCCCAUGCAUGCAUCCAGUGUUUCGUGGGCCAAACAGUUUCCGUGGAUUUGUAUGCCGGGCACUCGCAUAAACAAAGCAUUAUCGUUAUUGCUGCCCUCUCCAGCGUGGGAGUAGUACUCAUCAUAAGUGUGAGGCUGCGAGCACACGGUCGGGUCGCCCCGUUGCGAUGAGCCACGCCGUGCCGCUUCUCGGGAAGAAAGAGGCCGCGCGGCCGGAGCAGGCGGCACAAAACGGGGCUCGGAACGACGGCACCGCCAGCUUCGUGCGAACUUGCCUCAACGGCGUCAACGCCUUGUCAGGUGUCGGGGUGCUGUCGGUGCCCUACGCGCUGUCGGAGGGCGGGUGGCUAAGCCUGCUGCUGCUGGCCGCCGUAGCCGCCGCCUGCUGGUACACCGGCCUCCUCGUCGGGCGCUGCAUGGACGCCGACCCGGCAAUCCGGACGUACCCGGACAUAGGCCAGCGCGCCUUCGGGCCGCCCGGCCGCCUGCUCGUGUCGUCUUUCCUGUACGCCGAGGUGUACCUCGUCGCCGUCGGCUUCCUCAUCCUCGACGGGGACAACCUCGACAAACUCUUCCCGGACUCCGGCGUCGCCCUGGGGCCCGUGUCGCUCGCGGGGAAGCAGCUGUUCGUCGUGCUCGUCGCGCUCAUUGUCGCGCCCACCACGUGGCUGCGCAGCCUGGGCGUGCUCGCGUACGUCUCCGCGGCAGGCGUGUUCGCGUCGGUCGUCGUCGUCCUCAGCGUGCUCUGGGUGGCGGCCGUCGACGGCAUCGGGUUCUCCGGGCGAGGCACGACUACGCCGCUGCGGCUCGCCGGCCUCCCCACCGCACUCGGCCUCUACACCUUCUGCUACUGCGGCCACGCGGUGUUCCCGACGCUCUACACAUGUAUGAAGCAAAAGUCCCAGUUCCCAAAGAUGCUGGCGAUAUGCUUUGUGCUGUGCACGCUCAACUACGGCUCGAUGGCCGUGCUUGGGUACCUCAUGUACGGCGACGGCGUGCAGUCCCAGGUGACGCUGAACCUGCCGGCGGCGAGGCUCAGCUCCAAGAUCGCCAUAUACACAACGCUGGUGAACCCGUUGGCCAAGUACGCGCUCAUGGUCACGCCGAUCGCGACGGUAGUCGAGGAAAGGAUCUAUGUCGCGGUAGGGCAGGGCUCCGCGGUCCCAGUGGCGGUGAGGACGCUGCUGGUGCUCAGCACGGUGGUCGUGGCGGUCGCCUUGCCGUUCUUCGGCUACCUCAUGGCGCUAGUGGGGUCCUUUCUCAGCGUGGGCGUCUCCAUGCUCCUGCCAUGCGUCUGCUACCUCAGGAUCUUCGGGGCGCCGUCGAUGAACUGCUGCCGCACCGCUAUGGAGGCCGGCGCCAUCUUCGGGAUACUGGCGUUGGGCGCGCUUGUGGCUGUAACUGGCACGUACUCUUCCGUGAUGCAAAUUAUCCACCACUUGUAGGUGGCUCUUAAUGCAUUAACGACGCUCCGAUGCAUUGUCUCUUAAGUGUUGUAAUCUAAGUGAUGCUGCAUUUAGUGUUCAGAGAUCAUGUUUGCAUCUCAAUAGCGAGGUCUAGUUAUGUAGAAAAGGGGAAGAGAGAGAAGCAUGAAGAUAUACCAAAAUGGAGAAAGAUCGGCAUGCCACUGACGAAUGCCACACCAUUGGUCAGCUUAGUCUGUAGCUUCGCGAUUGUAGCUGGAUUAGCCAUGCUCACAUUGUCUUUAGCUGAAACAGCAAUAGUGUUGUUGCCUAUGGACAUUUCCAUGCCCUCAUACUUCGCAAAACUGGAAUAGGUUAGUGAUCAAGAUUAUCUGAGUGAAUAUAGCAUGAUACUGUCGCCAUUUGCUGUA